GGCGCGCGCGGCAGCGGGAUGGCGGGAGAGCGGGUCAUGGAGCUGGUGCGGGAACUGCACCGCGCCACCGGCGGGCACCUCCCGCCAUUCCGGACGGAGGGGCUGCGGCAGGCGCUGGAGGAGAUGCGGGCGCUGUACGAGCGGAACCAGGCGGAUGUGUCCGAAGCGAAGUCGGGACGGACGGACCUAAUUUUCCUCAUCCGGUUCCGGCACUGCUGCCUGCUCCGGAACCAGCGCUGCCUCCUGGCCUACCUGUACGACCGGCUGCUGCGGAUCCGAGCGCUGAGGUGGGAGUAUGGCAGUGUCCUGCCAAACGCCAUCCAGUUCCACAUGUCAGCUGAGGAAGUGGAGUGGUUCAAUCGAUACAAAAAGUCUCUGGCUACCUACAUGAGGUCAGUAGGAGGAGAGGAGGGGCUGGACCUUACACAGGACAUAAAACCUCCUAAAAGCCUGUACAUUGAAGUGCGGUGUUUAAGAGACCAUGGAGAAUUUGAGAUUGAUGAUGGGACUACCAUCCUGUUGAAGAAGAACAGCCAGCACUUUUUACCCCGCUGGAAAUGCGAGCAGUUAAUCAGACAAGGAGUCCUGGAGCACAUUCUGUCCUAAGUGUGGAGGACAGGAGGGACAACUCUUGCUUGGUGGCCUGCCCACAAUGGGGACUGAACUGUAGUGUGUGCAGCACUUCAGACACCUCAGCAUUUCUGCAGUGGCACCCUGCCACUCAUCCCAACAGCCUUUGGUGCCUUACCUGAAGAUCAGCCCUAUAUUAUGCAAACCACAUUGGCCACCCCUCUGGGAGGAAAUGGUGCAUACUGGUAAUGUAGUGAUCCUGGGAAUCUGGGGGGUAGGAAGGGGGGAGCAGGGCGUUAUCCAAGCCCCAGAGCUACAACUAGCAUUUGUAAAUGCAUUUUUGUUUGGAGUAAUUGAUUGUUCAUGUGGGAGUAAGACACCAACUGGCUGGGCUCUGGAAGCCAGGAAAGCUCCAUGGUUGCAAAAUAAAGAACUGCUUCAGCCUUCACUGUA